AUGAUGAUUGGCCUCCUGGCCGCAAAAAGACUCUUUNNNNAAGGUUGGGACGAAGGUGUUGCUACCAUGCAUCGAGGGGAGAGAGCGAUCUUCACAUUCCAUCCCGACUUCGGCUAUGGUGCCGCGGGGGCUGGCGCUGAGAUACCACCAAAUUCGUGGUUAAAGUUCGACGUGGAACUGCUCAGUUUCAAGCCUGGCAAGCCUGAUAAGUGGAGUAUGUCCAAACAAGAGAAGGUCGCCGCUGCAUCAGCCUGUAAGGAGAAGGGAAACGCUGCGUUCAAGGCUGGCGAGUACGAGGAAGCCCUGGAGCAAUAUAAAGAGGGAGUUGACUACUUUGAGCAGACAUCGUCCUGGUCUGGUGCUGAUAAGGAGGAUAAGGAUAAGGUCCUUCUAUCGUGUUACCUCAACAUGGCAAAUUCCUGUAUGAAGUUGGCAGACUGGUACGCCGCAGUAGAGUAUGGCAAGAAGGCAGUUGAACUUGACGAUAAAUCAACUAAAGCACACUUCCGUUACGGUGCUGCCUUGAUGGAGAUCGCCUCCUUUAAGGAUGCGAAGGAGCAACUUCUCAUAGCAGCAAGGGCCGAACCUCAAACCGAGAGAUUCGCGUUGGCUGAGGAGAAGACAGCAUUUGGGGCGAUGUUCGGUCAGAGUAUCUACUCAGAGAAGGCUGAUGUUGAGCUACCCCCAGUUCACGACAUUGCCAAGCUCCCCAAGGCCUGGAUGGAUAUCAAGGUCGGCACUGAGGAGCCCAAGCGUGUGUCUUUCGCCCUCUAUUCCGAUACGGUGCCGAAGACUGCUGAGAACUUCCUGGCGUUGUGCAGAGGUGACAGUGGUAAAUGCCAUAGUAAGCCAGAAGUGGAGCUCGCCUAUAAGGGCUCUACCUUCCAUCGUGUCAUCAAAGGCUUCAUGAUGCAGGGUGGUGACUUCACCAACGGGAACGGCACUGGCGGCGAGUCUAUCUACGGUGAGAAGUUCCAGGAUGAGGGUUUCCGUGACCAUCAUACUAAGCGAGGACUUCUUUCCAUGGCCAACUCUGGUCCCAAUACUAACGGCUCGCAGUUCUUCGUCACUUUCGCUCCCACACCUCAUCUCGAUGGGAAGCAUGUGGUCUUCGGUGAAGUCAUUGAUGGUAUGGACGUGUUGGAUGCUGUUGAGAACGCCCCGACUGAUGCGCAGGUGAGGAGUUCAGAGUUUGUGAUGGAUGGCACUGUGUGUAUUCAGGACAAGCCUACUGUGGAUGGCGGCAUUGUAAUCGUCGAUUGUGGAGUUGAGUAA